CGCUAGUGAACUCACACAAUAUCCAACCCAAACUUCUCCUUCAACACGGACAUCAUCUCAGGGGAAACUCCCGAAACGCCAUCGCCCGGUUCAACCAUGACGGACCACCAGCCAGGUGAACCGGUUGCAGACAAUUCCAGUGGAUCGAACGUUGAAUCUCCUCGAUCCAGCACGGAUUCUCGCUCUCCAUCUACGCACAGUCAGUCCCUACGACUCUCGCACGUCUCUCCCAACCAUCAGCACCGUCACAGCCUCAGUGAAAGUCUGCGCGGGGCUCCAAAUUCCCCACGUAGCCGUCGGCAGCCGUCACUCACACAGGCUGCAAUCCAAAGUCUGAUCGACAACCCACCGGCUCCCAACCAUGUAAACCCUGCCUUUGUAGGUCGCGACUGGAGGGGAAUUUCGAUCGGCGAGCUGGUUAGCCCGAACGAUUUGAGGUUUGUGGAGAUUGAUACGGGCAUUGAGGAUGCGACUAAUGUCUUGAUUGAUUCCGAUGCUCCUGUACUUUUGAUUCGCGAGACUCCUGAACACAAGACUGCUGUCGGCACUUUCGAUUACUCGGAUCUAAAUGCUUACCUUCUCCUCGCCGCGGGUCUGACACAACCCGAUGAGCAUACUCGUGCUUCUUAUGAUGAACUGGCCCGAAAGGCCAAAGAAGGAAUCAAGAUACCAUUGAAAGACGUAAAGGACCUCGGCAGGAAAGAACCAUUGACGACGCUUCCGGCGUCAGCCAGCGUGAUGACAGCUGUAGAGACAUUUGGAGGAGGCGUUCAUCGGGUGGUUGUGGUCGACGAGCGUAGGCAAAAUGAGGUAGUGGGCAUUUUCAGCCAAUUCCGACUGGUCAAGUUUCUGUGGGAAAAUGGGCGCAGCUUUCCUGUGAUUGAUCAGCUGUAUCCGCAGGCGCUGCGGGAUUUGAAAAUAGGAUCUCGGGAGGUGAUCUCCAUCAACGGAGACAAGCCUCUAUCGGAGGCAUUGCAUCUCAUGAACAAUGAGGGCAUCACGUCGGUCGCUGUGGUGGAUAACCAUACCAAUGUGGUGGGCAAUAUAUCCCUCACGGACGUUAAGCUCCUGACGCGCUCAUCGUCGCUUCCACUCCUCCACAAUACAUGUACUCAUUUCAUCUCCGUGAUUCUUUCCACACGGGGUCUAGUGGAUGGCAAGGAUUCAUUCCCAGUGUUUCAUGUGAAUCCUGGAUCGACGUUGGCUCAUACCGUUGCCAAGGUAGUAGCCACUAGAUCCCACCGACUAUGGAUCACCGAUCCGUUGUCUCCUUCCUCAUCGGGACCACCGACUCCAUCCCACUCGGCCGUGCAUCUCCCUCUGCCUACUAACUCCGGGAACACGCAUUCACCUCCGUCACCUACUCACGCGCCGUCCAUCCCAGCUUCUGCUCUUCCGGGGGCACGGCUUUCCGGACGACUGGUUGGGGUGGUCAGCCUCACAGAUAUAUUGAAUCUGCACGCGCGGGCCAGCGGGCUAAGCCCGGCCGAUCCGGCGGAAAGCCGUAGCCGCCGGCGACGCAGCAGCAGUUCGAGCCUCAGCGUGCGACGCAGUGGAGAGAUAGGGCGAGAGUUAUUCAGUCGGUAGCGCUGGAUCGGUCGAUUGGGACGAGGAUCCAGGCACAUCGACAACCACAUUCGUUCUUUGGAAGACACUUACUAAAUCCCUCAUCAAUUUCCCGAAAUGAAUUACAGGCGUACGUACGGAAUAGGGCUAGUGCAUUGAGUUAGAAGAAACUCCAAAUUCAAGAGAUCCAUACCUACAAACACACACAUUCAGCGACCCACAAUGCAAUCCACAGUAUGAACCCUUAACGACUCA